AGAAUAGAAUAAAUAUAAUGGACUAAUACAAACAACCUAAGGAAAAGACACUUUCUCCUCAACUUAUUACAUUAUUGCACUGUUAACUUCCCAAGAUUUUGAUAGCUAGGGAAAGAAAGGGCCAGUAUGAGUAUCUCACUAUCUUGGCCUUUUGUUUAACUUAAACAAUUUCCUUGUACACAAUUUUUGAAAGGGGAGGCAUAGCAUCACUAAGUCUUUCAAUCUUCCAUUUCUCUUUCAGUCAUUGAACACCAAAGAGUGAUAAAGAUGGAAGAUGGAUCAGAAAGUUAUGACAGAGCCAAAGAAGUGAAGAAGUUUGAUGAAACAAAAGCUGGAGUGAAAGGGCUUAUAGACUCCGGAGUGACCAAAGUGCCAAAGUUCCUCAUGCAUCCACCAGAGAACCUUUCAAGUUCAAGCACUCCAACCAGUACAGACUUCCAAGUUCCAGUUAUAGAUCUUGAGGGGUUCCAUGAGAAUCUCCAUCGGGUGCAGAUUGUUAAGGAGAUUCGUGAAGCAUCGGAAACAUGGGGGUUCUUUCAAAUGGUUAAUCAUGGAGUUCCAAACACUGUUAUAGACAAUUUGUUACAAGCAAUAAAAGAAUUUCAUGAGCAGCCAAAGGAGGUGAAGAUGGAGUGGUACUCACGCGACUCUACGAAAAGGGUAAGAUACUACUGCAAUGGAGAUCUGCUGGUGGCAAAAAGAGCAAACUGGAGGGAUUCAAUUGUUUUCGAUUUCCAGGAUGGACCUUUGGAACCUGAGGCAUUUCCCUUGGUUUGCAGACAGGCAGUGCAAGAAUACAUGGAACACUUGAUCAACCUAAGAGAUGCGCUAUCAAGUUUGUUGUCAGAGGCCUUGGGGAUCAGCAGUGACUACCUAGCUAGCAUAGAGUGCAUGAAGGGUGAAAAUCUGGUGUGCCAUUAUUACCCGGUAUGUCCAGAACCAGACCUCACCAUAGGGACAACCAAGCAUUCAGAUCCUUCAUCUUUAACUAUACUCUUACAAGACAACAUCGGCGGCCUCCAAGUCCUCCACCAAGGUCACUGGAUCGACGUUCCCCCUAGGCACGGAACCCUGGUGGCGAAUAUCGGUGAUCUUAUGCAGCUUAUCACCAACGACAAGUUCAAAAGCGUGGAACAUAGGGUGCUGGCAAGAAGGGUUGGUCCCAGGAUAUCAGCUGCAUGCUUUCUCUAUCCAAGUGCUACACAUAGGUUCAAACCUUAUGGUCCAAUCAAGGAGCUUCUGUCCGGUGACUUACCUAUAUAUAGGGAAACUCAUCUGGGAGAAUAUCUUGGCUACUACAAAUCAAAGGGUUUGGAUGGUAACUCUGCCAUUAGUCACUUUAAACUAAACUAAGUUAACAGUAAAAUUUUAUCGAUGUUCUUAAGUGUCUACUCUAGCUUAUAUAUUGAAGUAUUCACACUGGUCGUCUAUGUUCGUGUUCCUGUUUAUAUUGACUGACGGAAACAAGAAACAAAUGGUGAAAAUGUGAAAUAGUGGUAAACGUGUGCCAUCUUAUUCAUGUGUCAAUGAAACUAAUCGUGGAAAGAAUGAAUGUGUGGGAUAUGGGACACGUUAUAUUCAUGUGACAACGAAUGUGAACAAACCAAGAUAGGGAGAUAACCGCAGAUUAUC